AUGUGUGAGAGGACGUUAUUCUGCCUGGUGGAAAAUCUGAGGGGCAAGGAGGUGAAGACGGAGGAACAGUGGAGGGAGGAAGAGGCGAGGAAUGAGGAAGAGGCGAGGAAGGAGGAAGAGGCGAGGAAUGAGGAAGAGGCGAGGAGUGAGGAAGAGGCGAUGAAUGAGGAAGAGGCGAGGAAGGAGGAUGCAAGCAACCCAAAAAAACCGGUGUCCAAUCUCAAGAAGAAGCCAAGGAAACCGAGGAGAAAAUGCGGACCCAAAAACCACAGCUGUCAGCACUGUGACAAAUCCUUCACAACGGUUUUGUAUUUAAAUGUGCACCAGAGGAUUCACACCGGAAAACGUCUUCACCACUGUGACCAAUGCGGGGCGACUUUCCACUACCUGAAUCGGCUAAAACUCCACCAACGUGUUCACACUGGAGAAAAACCCUACGGCUGUGACCAAUGUGGGAAAAGGUUCUCUUAUCCAGGAGCCAUGGUGGUCCACAAGCGGCUUCAUACAGGAGAGAAACCGCAAAUCUGCGACAUAUGUGACAAAGCCUUCCGCACUCACAGUGAGCUUUCAAGCCAUAAAGUAAUUCACCAAGAAGAGAGACCGCACAUCUGCAACGAGUGUGGGAAAACUUUUAAAAGUACAAAUUACCUAAGAGUUCAUCGGGUUAUUCACACUAAAGAGAAAGUAUUCUGGUGUGACCAAUGUGGGAAAACUUUCAAUCAGAGUUCUCAGCUCAAAAUGCAUCAGCGAGUUCACACUGGAGAGAAACCGUACAGCUGUGAGGAAUGUGGAAGAGUCUUUGCACUGAGCUCCGGCUUGAGAAGUCACGAGAGCAUUCACACUGGAAAGAAACCAUACAGCUGUGACCAGUGCAGCUCCACAUUUAGAUCUAGGGUUGAGUUAAAAACACACCAGCGUACCCACACCGGAGAGAAACCAUACAGCUGUGACCACUGUGAGAAAAAGUUUUCCCGGCAGGAUCACCAUGCCGUCCACCUACUGGUUCACACGGGACUGAAACCACACAGCUGUGAACAUUGUGGGAAAAACUUUUCUCGGCGUAGUAAUCUCAAAGUCCACCAACGCACACACGCUGCACUUCGUUAA